AUGGGUACCGGUUGGAAAAACGUCGAACUCAGGUCCUACGAAUUUGCCAAUGAAGAUGGCGAAAACGCCUCAUUGGUCGAAACGAAGGGUUCCAGGGAAUCGAGACGCGGCAGCGAGGUACCCUUGACGAAAGAGGAACGUUUGAAUCUACGAGCGACAGCAAAGAAGAUCAAGGAUGGCGAUUUAUAUCCUGUACAGGCGGUACAAGGGAAGGUGUGA